AAGCAAAUAUUAAUUGUCAUUGAUAAUAAUAAUUGAUGAUUGGCAUGACAAGACCGAAAUGAAUUUAAACCGAAUAUCUCUCUUAGAUACACGCAAAACACAACAUAACCUCCCGUUUUCACACACGCUCUUCUAAUCCAACCCCCAUGCAAAAUUUCCAUACUUUGUAGUAGUUUGCCUUUCACUCACUCAACUCAACAUCCACGCAAAACAAACCUAUGACAAAUUGACAAUACAAAGUUGCAAACUAGCAGUACUAAUAAAUACAACAAAACCGGUAUUUCGAAUUUUCGUUUUCGUUCGUUGUCAUUCGAAAAACAAAUACGCACAAAAAGACUUUCAUCUUUCUUCCGUUGAUUUCGGCGCUGUGUUUUUUCAGUGAGCCUCAUUAAGAAGAACCCAACACCCACCCUCUCUCCGCAAUUACCGGAGAAACCACACCAAAAAAAAUAGUGAGAAAGCGAAUGAAACAAAGUUUUAUGUUCGUGUCUGCCCCUGAGUUCGUGUCAUGCGAGUUUAAAAGACCAGACCCAUUUUCCAUUGUGAAGUUAAACAGUUGCUGAUGCUCACUCACGUUCUCUGCGGUUCCAAAAGAAGCUAACUUGACCCGAGGAACCCGAAGGAGAUAACCCGUUGCGUAGUGGGUCGGAACUCGGAAGAAGGUGAAGAAGGUGUUGGGGAGUGAUAUGGUGUGGUGAGGUGUAGCGUAAUGGGGUGUGUUGUUGUGAAGCAGGCGGUGUCUGUGACGCCUGCGAUUGAGCACUCGGUUGAAUCGGAGAAGAACAACAGGAAGAAGAAGACUGAGUCAGUGGGGGCGAGUAGGAGCGAGUUGGGUGAGUCUGGGAGGGCGAGUUCCAAUGGUGGAAGUGAGUCCCUGAGCUUCAGGUUGGGGAAUCUGAGUAAGUACGUGGAGGGAGAGCAGGCGGCGGCGGGGUGGCCGGCGUGGCUCAGCGCCGUCGCGUGUGAGGCCAUUCACGGUUGGGUGCCUCUUCGAGCUGACGCGUUUGAGAAACUUGAUAAGAUUGGGCAGGGUACAUAUAGCAGUGUUUUCCGAGCAAAGGAAGUUGAGACCGGGAAGAUAGUAGCUUUGAAGAAGGUGAGGUUUGACAAUUUUGAGCCAGAGAGUGUGAGGUUUAUGGCUCGAGAAAUAAUGAUUCUGAGGAGGCUUGAUCAUCCAAACAUCAUUAAACUGGAGGGCUUGAUUACUUCUAGAUUGUCUUGUAGCAUAUACCUCGUGUUUGAGUACAUGGAGCACGACAUCACGGGGCUCUUGGCUAGACCAGAAAUCAAGUUUAGUGAAUCACAGAUCAAAUGCUACAUGAAACAGUUGUUAUCUGGUCUUGAGCAUUGUCACUCGCGGGGUGUGAUGCACAGGGACAUCAAAGGAUCAAAUCUUUUGGUGAACAAUGAAGGGAUAUUGAAGGUAGCGGAUUUUGGAUUGGCAAAUUUCUCCAAUUCUGGGAACAAGCAGCCCCUCACUAGUCGUGUUGUCACCUUAUGGUACCGUCCUCCGGAACUUUUGCUCGGUUCAACAGCUUAUGGUCCAUCCGUGGAUCUCUGGAGUGUUGGCUGUGUAUUUGCAGAAUUACUAAUUGGGAAGCCUAUACUUCAGGGGAGAACUGAGGUAGUAAAGUUAACUUUUCAAAAUGUUGAGCAAUUGCACAAAAUUUUCAAGCUUUGUGGCUCCCCACCUGAAGAAUACUGGAAAAAGACCAGACUUCCUCAUGCAACAUUGUUCAAGCCACAACAACCAUAUGAUAGUUCCCUCCGAGAGACAUUUAAGGAUUUUCAUGCAUCCACUGUAAAUCUUCUACAAACUCUUCUUUCUGUCGAACCAAGCAAACGUGGAACUGCCUCUUCUGCUCUCUCAUUGGAGUAUUUCAAAAUAAAACCUUAUGCAUGUGAACCAUCAAGUUUACCAAUAUACCCGCCUAGCAAGGAGAUUGAUGCGAAACAUGAGGAGGAAUCAAGAAGGAAAAAGAUAGGUGGGCGAGCUUGCAAACCAGAAUCAAGAAAACCAUCAAGAAAGCCACUAGCACUCAGUAAAUUAGCCCCAGCAGAGGAUUUGACAAGUCAAACUCAAACUUCACAUAAGAUGAAUGAUAGAUCUGUCCACAUCAUUAAACAAGAGGACACUAACACGUGUGAGGAGGCACCAAAGCAGUCUAGUGGUAAACCAGAAGAUGCUUCUUCUUAUAUGAAGAAUGCAUCUCAAGUAGAUAUUCCCUUUCCUGGACCAUUGCAAGUUUCAAAAUCAAGUGGCUUUGCAUGGGCAAAAAGGCGUAGAGAUGACACUUCAGUUAGAUCCCACAGUCGGUCUAUUUCUAGAGGAUUUAUCUUUAAUUCAUUAGAAACUUCUACACUAAAUUCAAGGGAUAAUUCUGAAUCCAGAAACCAUGAAAAUAAGGAAUUUUUCGGGGCACGCACCAACUCUAGGGGCAAUCACCUACUUGAAAUUUCUAAGCUUGCCAUGCAAAAUCAAUGGAGUAAGUUUGAUCGUCCAGAUUCAUUUGAUACUUGUGAUGAGUACCAUUCACAAGAACUGUCCCUGGCAAUUUAUAACAGGCAAGAUUCGCUAUCCAAGAGAAGUAACCUGAGUUACCAGGAUCAAGAAGAAAAGGUAGAGUUUUCAGGGCCUCUGCUAUCUCAAAUGCACACAGUUGAUGAACUCUUAGAAAGACACGAGCGUCAUAUCCGGCAUACUGUCAGAAGAUCAUGGUUUCAGAGAGGUAAGAAGCAAGGGAAGUAAGUAACUGCAACUGUAACAUUCAUUCAUGGAAGGAUAUAGAUCCUCGUACAUCAAAUCAAAUGUCCUUGUGAAAGGGCCAUCUACAUUGUCGAAGCUCACUUGCUGCUGUGACUUUGAGCAACAAUGAACAUUAUCAUGUACACAUAGACACAGUAACCAGCAGCAUGAAUUGUUACCUAGAAGCUUGGAAACUAACCAAUUUGAGGAGUGUAAUUCAAUUUAUAGAAAUCAGAAGGCCGUGGAGAAGAGAAGAGAAGCUUUUUUUUCCUUCUUUUCACCAUGGAUUUUCUAUUUUUGAUCAAUUAUAAUAUAUAAAAGUUUAUUUCUGUAUGAUAUAAACUUCCUUAA